AUGCCUGGCAGUUUGGAGCCACUGGAUAUCGGCGUUCAGAUCCCGUACCAUUUCCGGUGCCCGAUCUCACUGGAGCUCAUGCGCGACCCGGUGACCGUUUGUACCGGUCAGACGUACGACCGGUCAAGCAUCGAGUCCUGGGUUGCCACCGGCAACACCACGUGCCCGGUCACGCGCGUCUCCCUCACGGAUUUCACCCUCAUCCCCAACCACACGCUCCGCCGCCUGAUUCAGGACUGGUGCGUCGCCAACCGCUCGUUCGGAGUGGAGCGGAUACCGACACCAAAGCAGCCAGCCGACCCGACCCUUGUCCGGACCCUCCUGGCCCAGGCCUCGUCCGGCUCGGGCAGCUUCGCGUCGAGGAUCUCGGCUCUGAGGAGGCUGAGAGCGCUUGCUCGCGAAUCGGAUAAGAAUCGGUCGGUCAUGGCGGCGAGCGGCGCGCGCGAGGUUUUGCUGUCGGUUUUGUUUGCGGAUGUCGGGUCGGACCCGUCGGAUCUGAGCCUGGAGGCGCUCGCGGUCCUGUCGAUGUUCUCGUUUUCCGAGCAGGAGUGUGUAUGCGUUGUUUCGGAUCCGGAUCGGGUUGGAUAUUUGGUGAAUUUACUGUUCCAUUCGUCGAUCGAGGUUCGAAUCGGCGCGGCAGCGGCGAUCGAGGCCGUCGCGGCGGGGACGCGGUCGCCGGAGCUCCGCGCGCGUGUGAGCGGCGCGGAGGGCGUGUUCGAGGGGGUGGUCGGGGUUUUGAACUGUCCGCUGGCGUCGCCGAGGGCGGUGAGAGUCGGGGUGAAGGCGCUGUUCGCGCUGUGCCUGGCGAGGCAGCACCGGCAGAGAGCGGUGGAGUCCGGCGCGGCGGAGGCGCUGGUCGGGAGGAUGGCGGGGCUGGAGGGGUGCGACGCGGAGAGGGCUCUGGCGACGGUGGAGCUUCUGUGCCGGAUCCCGGCUGGGUGCGCGGCGGUGGCGUCGCACGCGCUGGCGGUGCCGCUGCUGGUGAGGGCGGUCCUGGGGGUGUCGGAGCGGGCGACGGAGCACGCGGCGGGGGCGCUGCUGGCGGUAUGCUCGGCGUCGGAUGGGGCGCAGAGGGAGGCGGUGGCCGCCGGUGUUCUGACGCAACUGCUGCUGGUGGUGCAGAGCGACUGCACAGAGAGGGCCAAGCGCAAGGCGCAGAUGCUGCUCAAGCUGAUGAGGGACUCGUGGCCACAUGACUCAAUUGCCAACUCGGAUGGAUUUGGUGGAAGCGACGUCGUUCCGUUUUAA